AUGAUUUAUUAUUGCAAAAAGCCAACAAUGAAAAUAGAGAAAGCGAAGUGCAUGCAUAUAAAAAUAUAUACAUCUUAGCAUACAAGAAGUAUAGAAAACGAGGGAAGUGUUUGGCAUGAUUUCUAACCAAAACCACAAUAAAAUAAUGCAAAGACAUAUUCUAGAUAUGAUUAACCCAAAAACUCAAAAAAUGGUACCACUAAAGUUGCAAAGCCAUAAAAUAAUGUUGAUGAUAAUUUAAAAAUGGAUGGUAUUAGUUAAAUUGUUAAAUUGAGCUAGAUUUUGAUGAAUUUGUUAAGAAAAUAGAAUAAAAGCUUUUUUAAGUUUGGCUAAAAGUAUGAUGAUGAUGACGAAAAUGAAAAUGAGGAUAGAAACACAGCUCCUUUCUCAUAGAAUAUUGUUAUAAUUGAUGCAAUGCUUAAAGAUAUAUAAAAUACUUUAAAAGAAAUCAGAAUGAGUUAUGGUGUGGUUGAAGAUAUUACUAAUGUUGCCUAAACUAAAUUAAUUAAGAAAUAUUAGUAUUGA